AUGAGUACCGAAGAGGCCGUUUCCGGCCCGCAUAAAACACCAGAGAAGCCUCUGGAAGCACAGCGAAAGCUGGAUACACAGAGAAAAUUGGAAUUCAUCUCGAUGGUCAGGCGAAACAUGGAGAAUAGAAAGAUGCAAGAUUCAAGCAAUGGCAACUUUCUGCCGUUUCCCAAGGAAGAAAACCCGUUUAAAAUGGGCUUUGGGCUCGAGGAAAUCAAGCUAAUAAAGCAGGAGAUGGAGAAGAUGAUCCUGACGAUUGGCCUCAAGGAUGUGGUGAGUCUACGUGAUACAGAUGAGAUCAUGAAGCUUCAGCGGAAGAUCGCCGAGGUUGAAGCAGAGAGACAGAACGAGGGGGACGAAGAAGGGCUCCACGAAGGCAACGUGGACGAAUACGAGGACUACGAGGAUCUAGAACAAGACGACUACGACAUUGGAGAAAUCCAGGGGGACCCCGAGUUUCUGUACGACUACGGGCCCACGCAUCAUAUUGAAGUGGAGCUUUCGGACGGACCGGCGGGAGAACACAGAAAUAGAGACGACGAGCCGUCGUGUGAGUUCACGUUUGAGUACGACAGAAACGGCAAGCUUGUGCCCACAUACUGCAACGUGGAGGAGCAGCUUCGUUUCAUGAACUUGCGAGAAAAGCAGGGCCAUGUGGAGGCGCCCGUGGAGGAAACGGGGAAGAAAAAGAAGAAAAAGAGCAGCAAGAAGAAGAAAAAGGCAGCACAGACGCCCCAGCGCAGCGUCGACGAGAACACGGGGUGUCUAUUUUGCCAGUACGAGGCGUUUUUUGGCGUCAAGCCGGUGCACAUGAUGCGGUGGUACGACCAGAAAGUGAUGAACGAGGAGAGACACCGACAAAAGGUGAGGGAGAAGCUCGAAAAGGCAAAGGUGAGGGCGCUUCGGAGGCAGCAGCCUGACUAUCAUGAAGAGGUGCAAGACGAUGCCGAGGACCUGGACGGCAGCCGAACCACCGUCGUGGACCAGGGUAACGAACACUAA